AGACGGGGUUUGAUCCGCUCCUAGCUGCCACAGAGCGGCUGUUAGCCGAUUAGCUCCGUCGGCAGUUAGCGUUAGCUCCAGGCUAGCGCCCCCAUUCAUUCCUAACGAGGCGCGCUAGUCGGCUGCUAGCAUUAGCUCCUGGCGCAUUUCACAGCUAACGAGCUACCUCCACCUGAAAUCUGUGACUGAGUGAAAAACUCCACCCGGGCUGAGCGGGCACAGGGUGGAGGCUCGUCCUGAGCCGGGCUGUGAACGUUAUUACACGUUUAUGCAACGUUACGGCGCCUCGGCGCUGUUAGCUCAGCACACCGCGGUGCUACGUGCUAACAAGGACCGAAGCUAUGUGGCUAACCGCCGAGAGUAAACAAAAGUAAUCCGGAGAUUAGAGCUCGGACUCGGCCGCGGAGCUUCGUGUUGACACCGGGGGAGGACAGCACGAUGCCCGCUGUGUGUGUCACUGUUCACGGGUUUGAACUGAAACAUUUUCUGCUUUUAACAGUUUGUGACUCUCAGGCUGGAUUCAACUUUUCCAGACUUUGUUUUAUUGUAAAAACUGUUGACAGAUCAUCACAACAGACCCGGACACUUUAACAACUGAAGACUGAGGUGAUCAGACAAUAACGUACGAGCCAGAACCAGCUUCAGAUUUACUUCAGGUUCGUUUUCUUUGAACAUCCUGAGACCCGAGCACAGUGUUGUGGUGCCGGGAACACACACACACACACACACACACACACACACACACACACACACACACACACACACACAGCCUGUGGAGUUAUUCCUGAUGUCACAUCAUCUUUGAGGAUGAAACAUUCGUGUCAGAUGUCUGUCCUGAUGUUCUGACGCCGGGUAAACGUCACUGAGACAGAAGCAUCACGCCGCUCGACGCUCGCGUGUAACGUCCUCGGAGGUCGCCUGCGUCGUAAAGUUUUAGUCUGUUGAAGCUGCUGAUGUACAAACCUCCACAGUGCUAGACCUCGUCUCACCUGUCGGCGUCCGCGCACUCGGUGACACGCGGUAUGUUUGGUGCUAACCGGAAGAAGUUUAUGGAGGGAGGGGUAGAGAGCGACUACGCGGACGACUCCAGCCUCUACUACACCCAACAGUCCAUGUUCCCUCCACACCGCGCUGACAAAGACAUGUUGACGUCUUCCUCUGCUUCCUCGACGGGUCAGCUGUCACAGCUCGGGGCCAGUUUGUACGGCCCGCAGAGUGCGUUGGGGUUUCCCAUGCGGGGGAUGAACAGCAGCGCGGCGCCUCAGCUAAGUCGAAGCGGGUUGAACCAGUCUGCCAGUCAGCUGCCCAGCCAUGCCAGUACAGCCAACACUGGCACGAUGCACACGCCUCCCUCACCGAGCAGGGGUAUUUUGCCAAUGAGCAGCCGGAGCGUGCUGAACCACAGCCAGCAGGUGGGGGGGCCGACGGGGCAGUCGGGCAGCAUGGUCGGAGGAGUCGGAGGAGAGAGAGGAGGCGGCGGUGGAGUAGGAGCGGGGAGGAGCAGCAGCAUGGGGAGCCCGAGCCGGUCGUCACCGAGCAUCAUCGGCAUGCCCAAACAGCAGCAAGCACGGCAGCCGUUCACCAUCAACAGUAUGUCGGGGUUCGGUGUGAACAGGAAUCCCGGCUUCAACAUGAACAAUUCUCUCUCCAACAACAUCUUUAACGGCACAGACGGCAGUGAGAAUGUGACAGGGUUGGACCUGACAGACUUCCCGGCGUUAGCAGACAGAAGUCGGAGGGAUGGAGGUUCGAAUCCCACCCCGCUGCUCAACCCGCUGGCCGGUCGGGCUCCUUACGUCGGCAUGGUAACCAAGCCGUCCAGUGAACAGUCGCAGGACUUCUCCAUCCACAACGAGGACUUCCCAGCUCUCCCUGGGCCGAACUACCAAUCGAAAGACCCCACCAGCACCAGCGAGGACAGCAAAACGGACUUCUUUUUCCCUCCGUUUCUGUCCAAUCAGAAUCUGAACUCAUCAGGAAAGCCCGCCUCUAACUCAGAUGGUCCAAAGUUCCCUGGCGACAAGAGCUCCGCGCCUAGCAACAACAACCAGCAGAAGAAAGGGAUUCAGGUGCUUCCUGACGGCCGUGUGACCAACAUCCCGGUCGGCAUGGUAACGGACCAGUUCGGGAUGAUCGGCUUGCUGACGUUCAUCCGGGCGGCAGAGACGGACCCCGGCAUGGUCCACCUGGCACUGGGCUCCGACCUCACCACACUCGGCCUCAACCUCAACUCACCCGAGAAUCUCUAUCCUAAGUUUGCGUCUCCGUGGGCGUCGGCUCCGUGUCGACCGCAGGACAUCGACUUCCACGUCCCCUCUGAGUAUUUAACCAACAUCCACAUAAGGGACAAGUUAGCAGCUAUCAAGUUGUCUCGGUAUGGUGAAGAUCUGCUGUUUUAUCUCUACUACAUGAACGGAGGCGACCUAUUACAACUGCUGGCUGCAGUAGAGCUGUUUAACAGGGACUGGAGGUACCAUAAAGAGGAGCGGGUUUGGAUCACCCGGGCUCCGGGUAUGGAGCCCACGCUGAAGACCAACGCCUACGAGAGAGGGACCUACUACUUCUUCGACUGCCUCAACUGGAGAAAAGUGGCCAAGGAGUUUCAUCUGGAGUACGACAAACUAGAAGAGCGACCUCACGUUCCCUCCACAUUCAACUACAAUCCUGCCCAGCAGGCCUUCUGAUUGGCUCUACCUCCUUCCUGCCUGCCUGCCAUUGGCCCCUCCUGGCUCAUCAUCAUCUCCCCUCUCUAGGUUUUUUCCCACCUCCACACACUCAAAGUGAAUCUGGCCAAUAAGGACUCAGGACGGGAGAGGACGUCCUGGUUUCUCCCAAACGCUUCACUGAAUAGACUUUAUGAUUUUAACUUUUUCGUUUGUUCUUUACCUCAUCUUCUUCUUUUUGUUUUGUUUUAUUUCCCGCCCUCCUCCAUGAGUUUGGUUUGGUUGGUCUGUUAUGUGGCGUGCAGACUUGAUGUCAGCAGACAGCACAGUACAACACACACCGACGCGAGCGAGCGAGCGCUGUAAAUAAGCGUCCACCUGACGAGCGAUUCACGUUUCUAUUCAGUCUUUAAGAAUCGACUAUUUUUGUCUAGAGAAGCUUUUAAGAAGAACCAGAUUUUAACACAGAAUAAAAUCGCCCGUCACGAUGGAUGAUUAUUUACCACGGCGUCUCAGCUCGGACCUUUUUUUUUGACAGGAACUCAACAUAUUUAUCAUCUUUUAUUUUUACCAGGUUUGUUUCUGUCAGAUCAGAUCACACAUCAGCAGACAGCCGAGAGUCAGGAGAGGAAAUGCAAUGUACAUUGUAGCACUAUUUCAUAAUAAAAGAAGAAAAAUAU